AUUAAUCCUACUAUAUUUGUACUAUAAAAGACAAGUGCUGGGACGUAAACAGAUUGUAUAAAAUUACAAGCUUAAUUCCAGAAGGGUUCGAAAUUGAAGAGGAACAUCCGCUAGCUUCUCUCUAAUCAUGGCAACGGAUCAGAAAUCAUCCGGAAUAGCAGCUGAAAGUUGUAGCGAUAUUGAUAGAAUUAAAUAUAUAAAGCUAUAUAGGGCGUUGGUGAAGGGUGACGUGGCAAAAGUGAAAGCAUUUCUUGAUGAAAAUCCAGAAGCAAUAUAUGCUCAGAUUUCCCCAACAGGGGAAACACCUAUUCAUGUUGCUGUUUCGCACGGCCGGGAGGAGUUGGCGAAGGAGCUUCUUAAGAGGGGGAUGUCGAGGGAUCGUGGUAGUAGUACUUCUGGUCCUGAAAAGCCAAAGGAAAUGAAAGAUGAUUACGGUGACACACCACUUCAUAUUGCUGUCAGGGGUGCAAACAAAUCAAUAGCAAAUGCAAUAGUUCACCAAUCACCCCAACUCCUGGCAUUGGGAGAUGCAGAUGGACAAUUGCCACUCACCAUCGCUGCAAUUUUCGAAAACUAUGAGAUGUUGAGCACUUUAAAACCACAUAAUUUCGACAUUGCCAUUGCCAUGUAUCGAAAUACUGUCAAGGGUCAUGAUCAGAAAUGGAUUAUUUUCACGGAAUUUAUUAAGAGCAAGAAUUUUGGUUUGGCAAAGCAGAUCUGGUUGAACGAGGAGCCAGAAGAGAUGAUUUUUAAAGAUGACUUGUAUAUAAUGGCAGAGAUGGUCUCUGUAUUUUCAAGUGGAAAUCAGCUCACAGAUUUUGAAAGAUGGGUGUAUAACUCUAAAAGGAUGGGUGUUCUAUAUUCUAGCCUUAAAAGCAAAAUGGAUGCCAUGGAUGUGUUUUCAGAUGCCAGAUCUCCUCUUUCCAAUUCCAAACGCUUCAUUAAAGUGCGCAGAUUUUUGAAAGGGUUAAUGUUAAGUGUUCUUAAAGCAAUAGGUGUUGAAAAAAUAUUGAAUUUGAGGGUAAAAAAGAGCCAAGCCCACGAACUACUCAGCAUGAUGUGUUCCCCAAUCUGGACUUUUCUUCCGAAACAUGUUGAAGUAUACUUUGAGGCGAUAAAAAAAGCCAUCAAAUGUGGGAAUUCUGAAUUUGUUGAGGAAGUCCUAAAGUCGAAUCCUGGUUUGAUAUGGGGGAAUAAAGAAAGCGGAAGCAUAUUUCACAUUGCAGUUGCUUUCCGUCAGGAGAAAAUAUGGAACCUUAUAUGUGGUUUAAAUAAAGAACAUAGAAACAAAAUCAUUGGAACCCUGGUAGAAAGAAACAACUUGUUACAUAUAGCUGCAUGCCCUAUGGUAAUGUCUAAAACCAUAGGAGGUCCAGAUGAAGCUUCAGAAAAGUUGCAGCAAGGAGAACAGUUCAGGAAGGCAUUCAGUGAGGCUCCAGGUGCAGCUAUGAAGGUGCAGAGAGCAUUACAAUGGUAUAAGGAGGUGGAGGGGAUGGUACCAUCUUCAUACAAAAUUCUCGCUAACAAUAAUGGAGAAACUCCUCCAGCUCUGUUCUCAAAGUGGCACUCUGAAUUAGUCAAAGAAGGAGAAAAAUGGAUGAGAGAUACAGCAACAUCAUGUACAAUUGUGGCAACUCUCAUUGUUACUGUUAUGUUCACUGCAGCCUUAACAUUACCGGGUGGCAAUUCUGAUAAUCCAAUGAAUAAAGGGAAACCCAAGUCAUUGGAUUCAGGGGAUCCCAGGUUCUUAUGGCGUAACUGCUUUAUGGUUUUCCUUCUAUCAGAUGCAUUAUCUUUAUUUUCUUCAACCACUGCAGUGUUAAUGUUUUUGAGCAUCCUCACUUCACGCUUUGAGGAAAAAGACUUUCUUGAGGCAUUACCCAAGAGAUUGAUAAUCGGUCUUGCCACCCUUUUCUUGUCUAUUGCCUCUAUGAUGGUAACUUUUGGCGCUACUCUUGUUAUUAUACUCAGAGGAAGAAUAAAUUGGGCUGUUGCUCCAGUCGCUUCGCUUGCCAGUGUUCCAAUAACCUUAUUUGCUUUAUUGCAAUUUCCCCUGUUUCUUGACAUGAUCUCAUCUACCUAUGGACGUGGAAUCUUCAAUCGGAAAACAAAAUGUUCCUUCUUCAGCAGCCCAAAUGACUAUGCUCCUCCAAAAAUGAAACGAUUCCUCUAAUGUUUUAUUAAUAUGCAACUAUUGUGGUAUCAUUAUGUCAUUUAAGUAAUUCUUGUUAUGGUUCAAUAUAAAUGCUAUUUGUACGGGUAAUUAUAUGGAUGACGCUUCAAACAGAAUAAGAUUGUGCUUAUAUUUCUGAAAAAUGAAAUUUUUAUUCUCAUCUA